AUGGAGGCAUUGAAUUUGGACCCAGUGGGGCUUACUCAUGACAGAACUCAGGUGGGUGCAAGACACGGUAGUCCUUCGAAGCUGGUUGUUGUUGUUGAACCUAAGACAAGUAUCCAAAACAUCACGACCAUAAGAAUGAAAUUGGGGAUGGAUUGGGGCAUGGCUAAUCAAUGGGGGACUGUUUGGUUGUUUUAUCGCUUUGUGUUUAAUUGUGCUUGCAUAGGGGAGUCCCCCCAGCAUUUAACGGUUCAGAUUCAGUCCCAGUUGUUUCCUUCUCCUGUGACUUUCUCUGGUAUUCAUGCCAAGUGCACAGAGCAGGAAAGUGAGAGGGAGAAAAGGGGCGGUUUACCUUUCAGAACUCGAGAGGGCUUGGAUUUCUUGCAGUUCAUGGCAGAGGCGGGGGUAAGCGAUGUUAGUUUCUCGGGCUCGCGAUUUACUUGGUGUAACAAUCGCCCGGACACAGCACGAAUUUGGAAACGGCUGGAUAGGUUGUUGGUGAAUGGGGCAGCUCUGCAUCUGCGGCACCAGGUCACUGUCCAACAUUUGGGAUGUGAUCCGUCGGAUCACUCGCCAUUGCUAUUGUCGGUGGUUACGCGACUGGAUGACAAACCUAGGCCUUUUCGAUUCCAGAAUUUCUGGACCAUGCACAAGGGUUUCUUGGAGGUAAUUAGAGAUUGCUGGACGCUGCCGGUUAGUGGGCCUCCCAUGCAGAUAUUGGCACUGAAGUUAUGGGGAGCUAAACAGGCUCUGAGGCAGUGGUCGAGGCAAACUUUCGGGGACAUCUUUGUAGCGGUACGGGGCGCCGAGCGGGAGGUAAUGGAGGCGGAGAGGAGGUAUGACCUGGAUCCGACGGGUUUGCUAAGGAGUGAGUUACAUCAUGCACAGACACGGUUGAGGUACGCUCUGAAUGUAGAGGAAGGUUUUUGGCGGCAGAAGGCACGGGUGAAGUGGCUUCGGGAGGGAGACAAGAAUACCAAGUUUUUCCACUCGGUGGUCACUGAGAGAAGACAGCGGGCUGUGAUCCAUCGGGUGAGAGGGAUAGAUGGGGAGUGGGUUGAGGAGGAGGCACAAAUAGGAGAGGUGGCUGUGAAUUUUUUCCAGGGUUUAUUCUCAGCAGACGGUAGUCAGUCGCCCCACCAGAUCAAGGACCUCAUUCCGGGGUUAGUCACUGCCCAAGACAACGAAAUACUCUCUGGGAUACCUACUUUGGAGGAAGUGAAGGGUAUAGUGUUUAGCAUGGAUGCGGAGAGUGCGGCGGGCCCGGAUGAUUUCACAGGGAAGUUUUUCAUGGUCGCCUGGGAAGUGAUUACGGAGGAUGUGUAUCGGGCAGUGGUGAGUUUUUUCUGUGGGGCGGACAUGCCAAGGAGUAUCACGGCUACCUCGGUUGUUUUGCUACCGAAGGUGGAUAGCCCUCAGGAUUUUACGCAGUUUCGGCCCAUCAGCCUAUGUAACUUUGCCAAGAAGAUCAUUUCGAAGUUAUUAGCAGAGCGAUUGGUGCAGGUCCUACCACGACUCAUUUCCCCGCAGCAGAGCGGGUUUGUGAAGGGCAGACAGAUUGCGGAUAACUUUUUGCUAGCCCAGGAGCUAUUGACUGGUAUCAGGAAACCGAAUCGAGGUGGGAACGUAGUUAUCAAGUUAGACAUGAUGAAGGCCUAUGAUAGGGUUUCGUGGCCUUUCCUGUUGCAGGUGCUCCGUCGCUUUGGUUUCUCCGAAACUUGGAUAGACAUGAUGUGGCGGUUAAUCUCUAAUGUAUGGUUCUCCAUUCUUGUAAAUGGGGCUCCGUACGGGUUUUUUAAGUCGACUAGGGGUCUUCGGCAGAGGGAUCCCAUUUCUCCGGCUCUCUUUGUUAUUGGUGCUGAAUUCCCCCCCAGGUGCCCGGCUAUCACGCACUUGGCAUAUGCCGACGACGUGAUCAUCUUCUCCAGUGGAGGGAGAGCCUCGCUAGCUCGGCUUAAGCAGGUGUUAGAUGAGUAUAGCAGGGCUUCGGGGCAGCGGAUCAACUACCAGAAAAGCUAUUUUUUGACCCACUCGGGUUUUCCGCCAAGGCAGGCAGCAGCGGCAGGUCAGAUUCUGGGUUUCCAGAGACGAGCAUUUCCGAUACGGUAUCUUGGUUGCCCGUUAUAUGUGGGCAGGAGGAAAAAGAUCUAUUUUGCGGAUAUGUACAAUGCGGUGGCAGCUCGUAUUCUAUCGUGGAAGAACCAGCUAUUAUCUGUAGGAGGCCGUAUUGUGUUGGUUCAAAGUGUUUUAGCAUCAAUGCCGAUACAUUUACUUGUGGCUGCGUCCCCUCCUCAAGGGGUGAUGGGAGCCGUGGAGAGAUUGUUCGCUGAUUUCUUGUGGGGGCCAUCCGAUGGUGGUUCAAAGCUCCAUUGGAUUGGGUGGAAAGACAUUUGUCGCCCUUGGGAGGAGGGAGGGGUUGGGUUGCGAACCCUGAAGGGUGUGCAUGAUUCGCUAUCGGUUAAACUCUUCAGGCAGCAGCAAUCGCUCUGGGCGGAGUUCAUGACUAGGAAGUAUUGCGUGGGUCUGCACCUGUGUCUAGCGGAUGAUGGCCCGCUGUGUUCUUCUACAUGGAAACGGAUGGUGUCAGUUCAGCAGGUCGCGGAGGAUAACAUCGGCUGGGUAGUACGCCAGGGUUCAAUAGACUUUUGGCAUGACAAUUGGCUGGGGACUGGAGCGCUUUGUGGUAAGUUUGAGGUUUUCUUCGCUCAUUCGGUUGCGAAUUUUGUGGACGGGGGGGCAUGGAAUGUCAAUAUGCUUCGUCAGUACUUAGAUGCUGGGCUAGUGGGCCAGGUUCUGCAGGUGGCCCGCCUUCCUUCCGGGGACCGGAUCCAAGGUCUCCCGGUUAAAAUUUCUUUCUUCAUGCUGAGGCUAAUGCAGGGCAGGGUUCCUACCAUGGAUAAGCUGGCGAGGUUCGGCCUCUGUGGACCGUCCCGAUGCUGGUGUUGUCAGGAGCCACAGGAGGAGAGUCUGGAACAUGUGUUUUGUUCUGGAGAAGGGGCGCGGACACUUUGGCGGUACUUUGAGAUCCACUCGGGAGAAAUGGCAGGGGUGCAUACACUCCGACACAUGGCUGGACUAUGGUGGCUAAGGAGAGGGAGCAAUGAGUUUUUGCGGUUCGUGUUUCGCAUAAUACCGUCGGUAAUUUGCUGGGAGUUAUGGAAGGCGAGGAAUCAGGGGAUGUUUGAAGGACAGCGGAUUCGAGGUCGGAAUAUGGUGAACCGAGUCGUCCAGGUGCUAGUAGAGAUCUGUCAGGCACGCUUCCCAAUGCUGAGGUGUGCGGAUGCUUCGUGGGAAGGAUUAGUGCGGGAGAUGACUUGUCGGCAAGAAAGAUGGAUUAUCCGGACGGUGCAUUGGGUAAUGCCGCAGGAGUGUUUUGGUUAUCUAACCAACCUUCGGGCUGAAUUGCGUGCUCUACUAGUGGGGAUUAAGCAUUGUAUUGCCCGGGGAUUCCUGGCGAUACACUUGGAAUCAGACUCACUUUCACUGAUUCGGAUGGUUAGAGGGAAGAGUGAUUUCCCUUGGGAGAUGCAGGGGGAAUUGGAUGGCUUGCUUCAGUUCAAGCAGCACUUUCAGAUAGUAGCUCACUGCUACAGAGAGGCGAAUGUUCCUACGGAUCGGUUGACGAAUUUAGGGGCAGAUCUAAAUGGCACACAACUGUUUCAGUCGAUGCUAGAUUUACCUCAAUGGAUUCGGGGGGCGAUUAGGUUGGAUCAGUUGGGAAUUCCCUCGAUCCGUAGACGGAUGGUGGGCUAUGUAUGA